UGAAAUCAGUUCAAGUUCAAGUGUCAUCCUCUUCCAUCAAUUUUGAGUUUGAUUUCAGUCUGCCUGAUUUUUCAAAAUGAAGACCUUCAUUAUUGCGUUGUUCUGCAUUGCGACCGCUUUCGCCGAUGUUAGUGAACUGCUACAUCAGCCAGUACCCCAUCAUCUAGAGGAGCAUCACCAGCAGGAUGCUCAUUUGAUCGAUCCGCACCAUUCCAGCAACACAGAUCACCACUCCGAAGCCAUCCACGUAGAAAAACACAUCACCUUCGAUUUUGGACUGGAGAACGAGGGAGUUGAAAUUGUCGAAGCUAUCGAAGUACUACCAGUGGGACACGUCGACGUUAAAGGAGUUCAACUGACCGAAGAACACAAGGAUUACCAGGCACCCUACAGCUACGAGAAGCCAACUGUUCAGUUGGACUACGUGGCUCCGAUUGUACCGGAACCAACUCCGGAAGUGGAGACUCCGAUCUUCAAGGAUCAACCGAUCAGCAAUAACUAUCUGCCACCGAAGUACACCCAAGAUCAUCCAGCCAAGCGACAUGUCAAGUACAUCGUUCGUCGCCGCGUUUAAGUUUAUGUCCAUUAAAACUGAAUUUCGAUUGACCUACAUAAAAUUUCAAGAAAAUUUAAGUUGCAAUAAAAUGUGAAACCCCCAUCAAA